UAUUAUUUAAACACCAUUAAUAUGUGCAUAUUUUAAAUAUUUAGAAUGGCGCCAAUGUCUAAUAUUUAAUAGGUUAUCAUACACGUGACAGCUAAAUUCUUAAUGUUAAAUAUUGAAAUUAUUAAUCUCUUAAACUAAGUAAUUUUAAAAUAGUUGUUUGAUUAUUCGAUUAAGUAAACUAAUUGAUAUAUUGAAGUCAUGGAAGAAAAAACUCAAAUGGAAGAAGAUAAUGAUGAUGAAAAUAAUGUUGCUGUUAAAAAUACAAUUCCAUUAAUAAAAGAUUUAUUUCAUGUACAUGGAAAAGUUGGAGAAGGAACUUUCAGUUCUGUGUACUUAGCUACCUUAAAACUAUCUGAUGGUUCUAAAAAAUUUGCAUUGAAACAUUUAGUUCCUACUAGACAUCCUGAAAAAAUUGAACGAGAAUUACAAUGUAUGCAACAGAUAGGAGGAAAAGAUUAUGUAGUUGGAUUAGAAUUAUGUUUACGAAAUUUUGAAGCUGUAAUAUUUGUAAUGCCAUAUAUGAGGCAUGAUAAAUUUUCGGAAUAUGUACAAGAUAUGACUGUACAGGAAACAAAAGAUUAUAUGAUUGCGUUAUUAACUGCAUUACGAAGGGUUCAUAAAUUUAAUAUUAUACAUAGAGAUGUCAAACCCAGUAAUUUUUUAUAUGAUAGAUGCAACAAAAGAUACUUGUUAGUUGAUUUUGGAUUAGCACAAGAAUAUAUAGCAGAGAAAAAAUCUAACAAUCUUAAAUUACUUAAUUCUGAAACACAAAUUGUUAAAAGGAAAAGAACGGAUGAAAAUAGUUUAAAUCUUUCUCUGGAUAGAAGAAGGAAAGGUACAGAAGAGAAGUGUUACUGCUUUGGUAAAGCAAAAGUUUGUUCAUUAUGUAUAUCAAGACCAGAACAGACAGCCCCAAGAGCUGGUACACCAGGUUUCCGUGCUCCGGAAGUUUUACUAAAGCAUCCUUCACAAACACCAGCAAUUGAUAUUUGGGCAAGUGGAGUAAUGAUGCUCUGUAUUCUUAGUGGUACUCAACCAUUUUUUCUUUCACCAGAUGAUUGUACAGCUUUAGCAGAAAUAACAACUAUAUUUGGAUCAAAUAAAAUGCAACAGUGUGCACGCAAAUUAGGUUUGAAAAAAAUCUUUUUUUAUACAAUUCAUAUUGUAGUCUUUUACUUUCUUUGGUUUGUUCUAAUUUAUCAUUUUGCUUACUUUAUAUAUUUUAAACCUUUCUUUGAUAAUUCAGGAAAAAAAAUUAUGUUUAGUGAAGAUAUACCAGGGGUUGAUAUUGUAUCUUUAUGUCAGAAAUUACAAAAAAGAAAUAAAGGUUUAUUAAAUAAUAAAGAUCAUAACACAUGUGAAAAGGUAUCAUUGGACACUCAGUUUCCAAAAGAAGCUUAUCAUCUUCUACUAAGGUUAUUGGAUUUAGAUUAUAAAACACGUCUUACUGCAGAUCAAGCUUUAAAUCAUCCAUUUUUUAAAUUAUAGUGUAUAUUUUCAUCUUAAAAAUUUUUGAAUUUAUUUUUGGCAGAUGUAAAACAGUAUAUUAUGUCAGUCAAUAUCAUAAGAAUAACUAAAUAGUACUACACUUAAUGUUAUACUGAAAAUAUUGCACGCUAUGAAACUUGUACAUAUACAUAAAUGUAUACAAAUAUAUAGUAUAUUAUUAUUUAUAUUAAAUUAAAUAAUUUAGAUUUUUAGGCAGUAAAUAAAUAUUUUUAUAUUUUUUAUAUAACUAUAUUAUAUGUAUAAUAUUAGAAUAUUAAUAAAUGCAAUAUUUUUACAAUUUAA